GUGAGUCAGUGUGUAAACCGCUCCGUCUGACAGUUGAACUCCCAGUUCUGUCUAGUCGUUCUGCUGAGAAAUCGUCAUGAAAAUCCUUCUCCUUUUCUUCUUCUUCUCAUUUUUGACAGGUGCUGUUCCCAGGUACAUCUAUAAAAGGAUCCUUGGUGGACAUGACUGUAUCCCAAACCAAACAAGCUACCAUAUUUCUAUUUGUGAUAAUCCAUGUACCAGUGGAGAUCAUGUAAAAUGCGGAGGGACUCUGAUUCGUGAAAAGUGGGUUCUAACAGCUGCCUCUUGUGAUGGACCAAACAUACAAGUUAUUAGAAGUAGUCAGAAUCUUGGACGUAUAGAAUCACAACGCAUAGCACAACGUAUCAGACUCAACUUCGGAGGUCAGAAUGGUGAUCAUGAUAUUAUGCUGCUGAAGAUGGAAGGUAAAAUUGAUGGCAGAACACCUGUUAGAGAACCAAAUGAUGGAGAAUGCAAAAAUCUACUAGCAGGAAAAGUUCAUGAUUUUGAUGUUGCUGGCUUUGGAAUUCGUGGAUACACUGAUGGAGAUCGUCCAGUCAGUACAAAAAGUCUGCUGUGUGUCAAUAUCGAGAAGACUGAUUGUAAUCAAGAAUGGAAAAUUGAUAAUGGAAGAUUCUGUGCUGGAGGAAAAGGCAAAGGCACCAGAACUGGGGACUUGGGAGGAGGACUGAUUAAAAAUGGAGUUGUGUAUGGAGUAACUGAGAGAGGACACAUUCCAGACGAGAAAAACAAAGCUGGAAUUAUACCUGGAGUUUACAUAAAUGUCUGUCACUUCCAUGCUGGGAUAAACCAACACGCUGCAGUAAUUAAUGCAGCUUAAUUUAAAGCUAGUAGACAUGUGCCCAGUGUCCUCUGUCCUGCACCUGACCUGCAUCUGGGACCUAAACAUUAAAGAGAUCCUAGGUCUCCAUAAUGAGCAUCAA